GGCGGAAGCCGGAAGUGGCGGCGGAGGAGCCUGGUCGGCGGCGCCAUGGGGGCGGUGUUGGGGGUCUGCUCGCUGGCCAGCUGGAUUCCCUGCCUGUGCAGCGGUGCCUCCUGUUUGCUGUGCCGAUGUUGUCCCAACAGCAAGAACUCGACGGUGACGCGUCUUAUCUAUGCCUUCCUCCUCCUCCUCAGCACUGUUCUUGCCUGCAUUAUGCUGGCACCAGGGAUGGAGGAGCAGCUGAAAAAGAUCCCUGGGUUCUGUGAGGAGGGCCUGCACAGCAGGCUCCUGCCCGCCGGCGGCGUCGCCAGCUGCGAGGUGUUCGUGGGCUACCGGGCCGUGUAUCGCAUCAGCUUCGCCAUGGCUGUGUUCUUCUUCCUGCUCUCCCUGCUCAUGCUGGAGGUGAAGACAAGCAAGGACCCCAGAGCUGCGGUGCACAACGGGUUCUGGUUCUUCAAAAUUGCUGCCAUUGUGGCUAUAAUGGUUGGAGCAUUUUACAUUCCUGAAGGGCCUUUCACAACAGCUUGGUUUGUUAUUGGUGUUUGUGGAGCUUUUGUCUUCAUUCUUAUCCAGUUGGUGCUUCUUGUGGACUUUGCUCACUCCUGGAAUGAGAGCUGGGUUGAGAGAAUGGAGGAGGGAAAUACUAAAUGUUGGUAUGCAGCUCUGCUGUCAUGUACAAGCUUGUUCUAUGCCUUGUCCCUGGUUUUUAUUGUGCUCUUCUAUGUUUUCUACACGAAGCCUGAUGCCUGCACUGAGAACAAGUUCUUCAUAACUAUUAAUAUGCUCCUGUGCAUUGUUGUCUCCAUCGUUUCUGUCCUUCCAAAAGUCCAGGAGCAUCAGCCUCGCUCUGGCCUCCUCCAGUCCUCUGUGAUCACCCUCUACACCAUGUACCUCACCUGGUCAGCCAUGUCCAAUGAGCCUGAACGAAGCUGUAACCCGAGUUUGCUGAACAUCAUUACCCAGAUAGCUACACCCACAGCUGUUCCAGAAAAUACCACGGUCCUACCAGCUACUCCAGCUCCACCCAAGUCCCUACAGUGGUGGGAUGCCCAGAGUGUUGUUGGGUUGGUGAUCUUUGUGCUGUGCCUCUUGUAUUCCAGCAUUCGCUCCUCCAGCAACAGCCAGGUGAACAAGCUGAUGCUGUCUACAAGUGACAGUGCCAUUCUGGAGGAGACUGGGGGAACAGGCAGUGGGGCUGCAGAGGAAGGAGAAGUGCGCCGUGUCCUGGACAAUGAGAAGGAUGGUGUGCAGUACAACUACACCUUCUUUCACUUCAUGCUCUUUCUCGCCUCUCUUUACAUCAUGAUGACGCUCACCAACUGGUACAGCCCUGAUGCAGAUUUUAAAACUAUGACAAGUAAGUGGCCAGCCGUGUGGGUGAAGAUAACCUCCAGCUGGGUUUGUCUCCUUCUCUAUCUUUGGACCUUAGUGGCUCCUCUUGUCCUUACUAACAGGGACUUCAGUUAAACUGCUGUACCUCUCUGAGCUUGCAGAAGUGGGGAACUUUUUUGCUGGAAGCCAAAAUGUUCAAAACUGACUAAUGUUAGUUAUUCUGUCCAUGUUGCUGUUUCUUAUGUGACUAUUAAGAUGCAGGUGGAUAGAAAGUCCUGUAUUGCAUAGUGCUUGAUGCAGGAUGGAAGUUAUUAUCAGCUCUUUCUAUUUUAACCUUUGGUCAUGGUUAACUUGUUACUGCAUUUUUUUUUUUAAACUCACUACAGCUGUGCUGUCAAAGCACAAAAGAAAAUACCUUUUCUGUCCUAUAGCCACAACUUUUCUAUUGAAUAGAAGUAACACUUAGCUAAAUAUGAAGUAAUAUAUUUUAAAGAACAAUUUUAUUCAGCAUAAUGCACUACUAUGUUCAUGCUUCAGUUCCUGGAAGCAUAAGCUAUGCUGCUUGAUUUCUACAUUCCACUGCAGAAGUUGUUUUAAAUUUAUACUUACCUUCCUGUGUUGUGGCAAAAAACCCCAACCCUUUAUUUCUCACCAAAGAACAAAACUUUGAGGUUGAAAAAUCUGUUAACUCUAAUUCCUUUUAAGAACAAACUUGCCCUUUCUAAGAGGCAACUUCUAUAGUAACUUCUUUUUUUAAUACCUCUGCCAAAUAUUGAGUGGUAAGUGUAUGACUAGCUUAAGCAAAUUUAUGCUUAUGAUGGAAAAACAGCUUCUAGUUGUUUCACUUGUCUUAAUAUGCUUAUAAAAAUAAUAUACAUGAAAUUAUUAUUAUGGGCACUAAGGCUUUUGCACUGUAAACUCGUUUGAAUAAAGCAGACUAACUACUGAAA